AUGAAGUACGUUGUUGUAUCUGGUGGUGUUAUUUCAGGGAUUGGAAAGGGUGUUUUAGCAUCAUCAACCGGUUUAUUGUUCAAAACCUUGGGUUUAAGAGUUACUUCAAUCAAGAUCGAUCCUUACAUGAAUAUAGACGCAGGGACAAUGUCACCAUUGGAGCAUGGAGAAUGUUUUGUUUUGAAUGAUGGUGGAGAAGUUGAUUUAGACUUGGGUAAUUAUGAGAGAUAUUUAAAUAUCACAUUGACUAGGAAUCAUAAUAUCACAACAGGAAAGAUUUAUUCAAAAGUUAUAGAAAGAGAAAGAAAAGGUGAUUAUUUAGGUAAGACUGUUCAAGUUGUUCCUCAUAUCACAAAUGCCAUUCAGGAGUGGAUUGAAUCAGUUGCUAAAAUUCCAGUUGAUGAUACUGGAUUAGAACCCGAAAUUUGUAUUAUUGAAUUGGGAGGCACAGUGGGGGACAUUGAAAGUGCACCGUUUGUUGAAGCUUUAAGGCAAUUUCAAUUCAGAGUUGGAAGUGAUAAUUUUGCAUUAAUUCAUGUUAGUUUAGUGCCUGUUAUUCAUGGAGAACAAAAGACAAAACCAACACAAGCUGCUAUAAAAGAUUUGAGAAGUUUGGGUCUUACUCCAGAUAUGGUUGCUUGUAGAUGUCAAGAAAAAUUGGAACAUCAAACAAUUGAAAAAAUUGGAAUGUUUUGCCAUGUAGGUCCUGAUCAAGUUAUUGCUGUACAUGAUGUCAAUUCUACAUAUCAUGUGCCCUUACUAUUAAAAGAACAAAAAAUGAUGAAAUUUUUAAGUAAAAAGUUGAAUAUUGGAGAAAUUGAUCAAAGUGCUUUAACUAAAGGAGAAGCUUUGUUGAGUAAAUGGAGACAUUUGACUAGUUCUCAUGAUAAAUCUUUUGAAACUGUUACCAUUGCAUUAGUCGGGAAAUAUACUCAUUUACAUGACUCAUAUUUAUCGGUCAUCAAAUCGCUCGAACAUGCAUCAAUGAGUUGUAAUCGUAGGUUGAAAAUUGUGUGGGUUGAAUCUACUAAUUUGGAAGAAUCGAUGAAAGGCGAAAACUUAUCUGAAUAUCAUAAAGCAUGGCACUAUGUUUGUCAAGCUGAUGGAAUAUUGGUCCCAGGUGGUUUUGGAUCAAGGGGUAUAGAAGGUAUGAUUUCCGCAGCUAAAUAUGCAAGAGAAAAUAAUGUUCCAUACUUGGGAGUCUGUUUGGGUUUGCAAAUUGCGGUUAUCGAAUUUGUACGAAAUGUUUUAGGUAUUAAAGGCUCAACGUCUCAAGAAUUUGACAAUUACAAAGAAGAAGAUCAUAUAACUCCAUCUGUUAUCUAUAUGCCAGAUGUGGAUCAAAUCAAAUUGGGGGGCACUAUGAGAUUAGGUAUACAUGAGACUAAAUUCACAGCAAACACAGAAUGGAGUAAAUUAAAGGGUUUAUAUGGCGGCGUUGGCUCAGUGUUUGAAAGACAUAGACAUAGAUACGAGGUUAAUCCUGAUUUAAUAGAACAAAUCGAAUCAAAGGGUUUACACUUUAUCGGUAAAGAUGAAACAGGUAAAAGGAUGGAAAUGAUUGAGUUGAAAGAUGACUCCCACAAAUUUUUUGUUGGGACCCAGUAUCAUCCAGAGUAUUUAUCUAAAGUCUUGGACCCAUCGAGACCAUUUUUAGGUUUAGUCGCAGCAUCGGCUGGGAUCUUGGAUGAUGUUUUAAAAAGAGAUGAUUUAAAUUAUAGAGGUGAAUUUUGA